UAUGGCUGGAUAUCUGAGACAGGCCAAUGGUUACAAAGAUGAAGUUACUUGUUCUAUUUGCCUGCAGGUGUUUUCCUAUCCAGUGACUUUAAACUGUAAUCACAGCUUCUGCCUCAAAUGCAUCCAAGAUCACCUGAAGCACAAGCUGCCCGCUGACAAUUAUAUCUGCCCAGAAUGUCGUGUCGAGUUCGUUGAAAAGCCAAGAUUGCUUAAAAAUCCUCAGCUCAUCGCAAAAGUCGAAAACCUAUCAAAAUCACAGGAAAGGAAAACAGUCUGUGACUACUGUUUUGACGAGCCAGUGCCGGCGGCGAUGAGCUGCAUCCAGUGCGAGACUUUCUUUUGUGUAACCCACCUUCGCCCACACAGUGAAAGAGCAUCGUUGAAGGAUCAUGUUUUGGUCGACCCCAUGGAAGCAGUGUUUCUGCAGAAAUGUGAAGAUCACAAGGAAAUCCUAAAGCUUUAUUGCAAGCAAGACCGUGUAAGCAUCUGCAGUCUUUGCAGCAUUAUGGGGAAGCACAGGAACCACUCGAUCUUGACCAUAGAAGAAGCAAAAAAGGAAAUCCAGCUGACUUUCACAGAAAAUAUGAAACAGCUUAAUCUAAAGAGGACAAAAGCAGAAGAGGCUGUCAAACGACUACGGGAGCUAAAUUGCCAUGUGUUAGGUGCAUUUUCUGGAUAUCUAGAGAAGGCUGUGCACCAUUAUAAGGGAAUUAAAGCCCUUGUUGAAGAUGACGAACAGCAGACUUUGCGGUUCAUUGAAGCCGAUCAACAGGCUGCCACAGUGUACGUUGAAACACAGACCAAAGACUGGCUGGAAGAGCUAGAUGAUAUAAAAAGAGCCAUUCUGCACAUAAACACCAUAUUAAAUCAAAGUGAUUCAUUCAGAUUUUUAAAGGGAGCAAACUGCAAUGAACAUCGCAUUAAUUCCUUGCUGAAUAAUCAGAUGCCGGAUAUUCAUGACAUUGUAAUUGAUGAUGGAAAACUUUCUUCUUUGAUGAAGACAAUUAGCAAAUUCUCCAACAGUUUGUCCAAGAAUGACAUUUCUGUCAGAAAAGCUCUCCUGGCAUAUGCAACCACUAUUACUCUUGAUCCUGUAACUGCAAAUGAAAACCUUAUCCUUUCUGAAGAUCGGACCAUCGUACGCUACACAGAUGAAGUCAUAAAGGCUCCGUACAGUCCCAAACGAUUUGAUGACACUUUAUAUGUGCUUGGAUCUCAAGGUUUUACAUUUGGCUACCACUACUGGGAGGUGGUGGUGAACAACAAGAUGGACUGGGAGAUUGGAGUUGCUUACUCGUCCAUACCGAGAAAAGGCAAAUGUUGGUUGGGUCGCAACAAUGUAUCGUGGUCUCUCGAAUGUAGUUGUGACCAAUGUACGGCAUGGCAUAACAACAUAGCACUAAAAGUUAACGUCAAGGGAAAACUGAACCGGGUUGGAGUUUAUUUGAAUUACACGGGGGGAAUGCUUGUACUUUAUGAUGCUGAGAAAAUGGCAGUUUUAGUUUCCUUUUAUCAUAAAUUUACGGAAGCUCUUUACCCCAUUCUGAAUCCCUGCAACAGCAAAGGGGGAAAUUUUGCCCCUCUGACUGUUUUACAGCUGAAAGGAAUCAGCCAGAUCUAGGCAACAAAUGUGUUUUUUCAAGUCGAGAGUGUUGAAUUGUCAUGUGUACCGACAAUAGAACAAUUACAUUUUUUGAAAAUUAGAUUUUAUACAUAUAGUUUCCAAGUUAAAAUUAAAGAAACAGUGGCAAGAAAAAGAGAUAGUGGCACUUAGAGUCUCACAUGCAGUUCUGGUUGCGCAAUUACCGACAGGUAUGAUGUGGAACUUUGGAAAAGGUGCAGAGUGCUGCUGGAUUGCAGGUUAUUACAGGGAGAGGUGGAUUGUUUACUCUGGGAUGCCAGAGGUUGAGGGGAGAUCUGAUAGAAAUAUAUAAAAUUAUGACGCAUAGAUAAGGUAGACAGUAAGAACCAUUUUCACAGGAUGGACAAGAUCAAAUACAAGAGAGGAUAGCUUUAAGGUGAGAGGGGCAAAGUUUAAAGAAGAUGUGCGGGCAAGUCAUUUUUUGCACGGGGUGGUAGGUGCCUGGAGCAUGCUGCCAGGGAUUGUGGCUCUAGGCUGAUACAAUAGUGGUGUUUGAGGGACUUUUAGAUAGGCACAUGGAUAUGCAGGGAAAGGAGGGAUAUGGAUUAUGUGCGGGUGGAUAAGAGUUCAUCUUGGCAAAGUCCAAGAAGAAGGGCAAAGAAAUGGCAGAUGGAAUUCAAUCUGAGCAAGUGAGAUGUUGCAUUUAAGGAGGUCAAAUGCAAGGAUAAAAUAUACAAUUAAUUGGCCGAA